AUGCCUGUGCAAACCAGCUCACCGUCAGCCCCGGAUUCGUUCCCUUCUUUUAUGUCUGUGUUUGGGAGGUCGCCCGAGUUCCUCGACCCGAAGGGCCGAACUUCACUAGUCAAACCACUAAGGGUUCCGACCAAUGUCACAGUCAACACAUCGCGACGCCCACUUCCCUUUCAGCAUCGCGAAAGUAUAUCGUCGAUGACAUCAGGCUCCACUGAUUCGUUGCCCACUACCACCAUCUCCACUUUCGAUCCUCCUUCGGCCGUGGAUACCUCCCCGAGUUCCUCGCCCGAAUCUCCGUCAUCGAUGCCGUUAUCAUAUCCUGCCUUUAUGCCCGUUGCCCACAAGGCCGAGUGCCAAACGCACUCGGCGGCUCCAACCAGCGACUCGAAACCCUCAACGGAUAGCCAAAAUGUCGCACGGCCCGACUCCCCCGGCAGGCGCGCACGCAACCUCAAGAAUCUUUCUCUGAGGAUGCCUCUGCCCUCUCAAGGUUCACGCCCACCUAUUGCAACGGCUUCUGUUGUAGAAACCACCUCCCAACACCAUCUUUCUGCCCCGCCUUCCCCGAUUCAUGUGCCUCCGAAGGGCAUGCGCCGCAAGCCCGCCAAUCUUACGAUACGCACUCCCGGGUUUGAUCGGUCAUUUUCAAGCAACGGUAACGAUGUGCCGCCGACUCCGCACGCUUUGCGCCACACCGAGUCCUCCCCGUCCCUCACUUCGGUGUUUUCCCCCUCAUUCGGCCCGAAGGGUGGCAUGCAACUACCCCGACCGAUGACCCAUCAUGGCGCACGGCGACCGUCGGGUGCGUCAGAGAGCAACCUCUCCCCUCUGCAAACGGUGCCCGACGAAGGGUCGGAAGUGCUGCAUGAAUUGGAAGAGGAGGAUGAUCACCUCGACUCGAGAGAGUCGACGCGGCGCAACGAGCGAGGCUAUCCGAAUGGACCGAUCCAAAUCUAUGACUCUGGCGUCUUUCUGUACCUGGAGCCGACCGCGCAAGAAGCUUCACAAUUUGAUGUGGUCGUCAACGUGGCCAAGGAGGUGGCAAAUCCCUUCACGGCGACUGCUGGUAGCACCGGCACGGUGAACGAGUCAUCUGGACCGGAAUAUGUUCAUGUCGGUUGGGACCACAACUCCGAGAUCCUGGAUGAUCUAUUCCCGCUCUGCGAGUUGAUCGAUUCUCGGAUAUUUGAAGGGAAAAAAGUACUCAUCCACUGCCAGCUUGGAGCUAGUCGAUCGGCAUCGUUGGUUAUCGCCUAUGGCCUCUACAAAAACCGACAGUUGGAUUUCAACUCGGUCUACGAGCUUGUUAAAGAACGCAGUCGCUGGGUCAGCCCCAACAUGAGUCUGAUCUACCAGCUGACGGACUUUCGUUCUCGGCUAAUCCGCGGCAAGCUCUCGAAAGCGGCCCCGGAGGAAUGGUUUGUCGGAGGGGCGCGCAGGUGCUCCGAGCCUCAGCCACCACAAACAGCGAGGACGGACAUAUCAGAAGCGAGCACGCCGGGAUUUAUGAGUGGCAGCUCGGAUGCGGAGCAAGCUUCGUCUAAUGGCCUUUCGCAGGCGUCGAUGAGCUCUCUUUCGGUGUCCUCAAAUCAGACGACGCCUCUGUCGAUAGAGAAUCUAGGCUUCUCUCAGUCGCUGUCACACAAGCGUAGCUUGUCUCCCCGGCCACUUCCGUUCCGGCAGGCUACUUAUCACCUGGGGCCGACGGGCAAAACUCUACAAUCAGAAUAUACUGCGCCUUCGUGGCGUCCCGAAGGCGGGCCAUGUUCUCUGGCCAAGACGGAUGUCUUCGUGCAAGACAUGCCGGAUGGAAUGAGCUCCCUUUUCUCACCGCGAACCACUGGAUUUCUGGCCCCGCCUCUUUCGCAUUCUAUUGCUGACUGCCUCGAGGACGACGGUCCACACGGGCUGCGGUUUGGGUCGCGAGUUGCAGACCCUCGAUCACCGCCUCCAGGCAAUGAGCGCCUGAUCAUGAGGAAUAUUGAUGAGUUUCUGUAA